CUACUGAGGACCUUCUUUUUCGUCAACAUAGACACAAAGAUAUUUCUGAAAACGAUUAUAAAUUUCGAACAGAUGAAAUCAAAUAUUUCAAAAGUACAAUCAAGCAAUUGAAUUUUAAAGUCAAAAGCUUACAAGAUGAAAUUAAUAAAUUGAAAAAAGAAUAUAAAGAUUUGAGAAAAGAAAAUAAAGAUUUGCAUGAAGAAAUGAAUAAUCUUAGUCAGAAUUUCGGUUUGAUUCAUUUAGAUGAAAAUAAAGAAGUUUUAUUAGGAAGAAAAAAACAAGAGAUGAUAAAUGCAUUACAUGGCAUUCGAAAAAUAUUAGAUUUGUAUAAAAAUAAAUAUAAAUCAG